AUGAGACGAAUGUCACAUCAAUAUGUACAGAUUUUAGGCUUAGACGGGACCUGCUCUCACACCGUCACUGUAGACGUGACCUGCUCUCCCACCGUCACUGUAGACGGGACCUGCUCUCACACCGUCACUGUAGACGUGACCUGCUCUCACACCGUCACUGUAGACGGGACCUGCUCUCUCACCGUCACUGUAGACGGGACGUGCUCUUCCACCGUCACUGUAGACGGGACGUGCUCUUCCACCGUCACUGUAGACGGGACGUGCUCUCACACCGUCACUGUAGACGGGACGUGCUCUUCCACUGUCACUGUAGACGGGACGUGCUCUCACACCGUCACUGUAGACGGGACGUGCUCUCACACCGUCACUGUAGACGGGACGUGCUCUUCCACCGUCACUGUAGACAGGACGUGCUCUCACACCGUCACUGUAGACGGGACGUGCUCUCACACCGUCACUGUAGACGGGACGUGCUCUCACACCGUCACUGUAGACGGGACGUGCUCUUCCACCGUCACUGUAGACGGGACGUGCUCUUCCACCGUCACUGUAGACGGGACGUGCUCUCACACCGUCACUGUAGACGGGACGUGCUCUCACACCGUCACUGUAGACGGGACGUGCUCUUCCACCGUCACUGUAGACGGGACGUGCUCUCACACCGUCACUGUAUGA